GCGAUUUUUGUUCUGUUUUGGCGUAUGAAAUUUGUAGGUUUGAUAACUCAAAGUAAAGCAAAGCAGCAGUCAUGACACUGUUUUUUCAAAAACUAACUUGGUUAAUGCAUGAAAGUUAUUGAUUUCAUUAUCGCUCCAUCGCUUCCACAUCCGUACGUAGGUUGGUUAGUUACAGUUACACACUUUAUCUACACAAUACACACAUAUACACAUGCAUUCAAACAUCCGCAUAUACACAUGCAACCAGCGCCAAACGCUCACUGGAGUCCAUGGUCCAUAACGCCCCCCGCUCUAAGCUUUCUUUCUUUCGUCAUGGUGUGUAGGCUUCCCCCUCCAUCUCCUUCUUCUGUCCUGGGGGGAAAGCCAAAUAUUGUACAAUGGAAUAGGGGGGUGUAGGUAGUCCCCCUAUCCGUGGUGGAGAGUGGUGAGAAAGGAACGCGUUUCGUCGAUGCAAGAUGUCUCGCGUGGGUCGUCGUCGUCGUCAUCGUCGUCGUUGUUAGGUUUGGUG